CGAAGUCUCCGUAACGUUAAACCGUGCAUAACUGUAAUUUCAUCAAACACGUCGGAUAAUAUUUUCAAGAAUGCCAGAAUUUUGGAGUGCAGCAGUUGGCGUGACCGCAGGUGUUGCAGCAAUGGUUGGUGCCCCUGUUGCUUUAGGCGCCCUCGGGUUUGGGUCAGCCGGCGUCGUUGCUGGGUCUAUCGCAGCUGGUAUUCAGGGACCAGCCGUGGUAUCCGGAAGUUUCUUUGCGCUUGCGCAGAGCGCAGGAGUGGCGGGUUUAGCUCUCGGGACAAAGGCUGCCUUAUUUGUUGGUGGAGCGGCUGUAGGUGCUUUGGGAAGUUCACUGAAAUAAGCUGUCAGUGAAUCAAUGCAGGAUAGGUUGAAUACAGUCUUCGAAACGGCAUUGGCUUUCUUUGAUUUCGGACAAUUCUAAGUGCAAGAUGGAACAAGAUGGAACUAAUAAAUGUUUGCAUUGAGAUGUAAACAAUACUUCUUCAUUGUGUCUGUUUUUUGUGUAAUAAAUGUAUCUUAAAAAACAAACAAAGCCAUUUAUCUUUCAAUGCAAUUAACAUGACACGGUCUGUCAGUCAAACUCGUG